AUGGGUAGUGGGAAGACCCGCGGUGCUCGGCCGCCGUCUACCACGGCGUACUACGUCGCUCUGGCCGGCAUCCUUGGAUUGCUGUUGCUGCUGUGCUGCUACUUCGUGUAUUUCUGUAUUCGACGUGUUAAAAAGUUGACCCAACAAGGUCUUCCGGAACGAGUGGAGUCGGUACGGCCACCGCCACCGGACACGGUCGCCUACCCCGUGCAACCUGCGGUGCGUGCGAGUGCGUCUGCGAUGGCGCGCCUUUGCCACUCCCCCUCCCGGGGAGUGCCACCUACCUCUCCCCGAAGCUUAGUCUCACCCUCCAGGGAUAGAUUUGUUUCAGCGCAACGGUCAAGUUCAUUGACCCCAGCACACACUGACACAGUGCACCCGCGCACUCGAAGCCAGCUGCCGCCUCCGAAUAUACUUACAUCUAGAACUACACCCAUUAGAAACGGUCCUAAAGUUAUUCCUCCGCGAAUAGAACUCGUAUCGAACGAAUACAAUGUUAUCGGUGACGGAACACCGACGCCUAAAAAGCGUCUAUCAUCACCCAAAAGUCAGAAUUUUUCACCGCAUAAAAGUAAGGAAACACUACCCGUUUGGAAAGACGAGGCUUCAGUGAGACGGAGAGAAGGGAUUACCAGCAAAGAGAGUCAACGGAAGCAUCUCUCUGCUCCGCCUCAGAUUGUCGUUGGAGAUGUUGAGUAG